AUGGGCCGACAAGCCUACCUGGACAAGAUUGCCUUUGGGCGGUCUGCCUUUCAGCCUACACAAUCUGCUUCAGAGUCUCGAGACUACGUCCAGCUGGAAUCAGCACAGUCCGAGAUACCAUCACGAUACCACGAGGCCACAGCUAAUAACUACGUCCAACUUUACGAUGAGCGCGGCAACCCAAUCAACCCACGGUCUCACCAAUAUGGAAGAAGGCUGAGAAGUGCCCAGAAUGAUGUGCUUGCAUCGGUGGGCGUGGUGGAACGAAGACACUCGCCCGCCGAGGGACUGCCGGGUUCAAGCGAAGAGCGCCUUGAACUGCUUGAAGCCGAGGACACGGUGGGAAAUGCAAUCGCCUUGGCUACCACGCUCGUGGAAAACAUGUGCACAUGGUGGAUUGGGACCCUCCGAGAGAGGAUGCUGACAUUUCGCUUUCACCAUGGCCUUUCCUUUAAUCAAAUUGCUGUUUCCGAAGGCACCAUCUCUGGGGCAUCCCUGAUUUAUGCAGGGUUUGCCCCUCGAGUGUUUGCUACGAUGAACAUACAAGCUGCCGUUUAUAGCACGUUCUUGUAUCAGCCGGUUGAACGUUUGCUCUAUGCAACGCGCGCGAGUGCAAAGACACGAAGCUUCUUCCGUCGGGCGAGAGGAAUGUUAAAAUCAAGCCUUCGCUUCGGCCUGGAGCUUGUUUGCUUCCCGUUCUUCUAUCACGCGGCAUUGCAACGCUUGGGUCUCGUACCCGCCCGCCCCCUACUCCCAUCGUGGCGCACUCUUAUCCCUUUUACAAGCUCGUCGCCACUACUACCACUCUCGUUGCACUACGACGCCUGUAGUUCCGGUUUGGAUUUUUUCAGGGCUAUUGUGACUUCGCCAGUGGUUCUCUUGUGUGUGGAACACUCGAUGGAGCGCUGGAUUUACGCCUGUGUGUACGAAGCUGUCGAGUCGUCCAUUAUUCGCCCUGACAAGCCUGAUACGCCUCACCGGGACGCCAACGGGAAAGACCGUGCCCUGGCUGUGCUGGGGCUCCGCCGGCAAUCACCUCCGCUAAUCCGAAAUGCCAUCCAGACGGUACUCGCAAUGCUUGGUUGGGCCUCGCCAGUGACAUGGCCGAGCACAGUGCAGAAGCAAGCCAUUGAGCUUGCCCCCACACUAGAUUCAAGAAAUGACCGGACGAUAGACAUUGGUGGCACACGAGUCACGAACGCUACACCACUAAAUCUACCCGUCGUGCAGACACGGGAAGAGAGCGGGAGCGAGCCAAUAGAUAUGGGAGUGAUCAACAUGCAGAUGGACAUAUUGGAAGAGCUGAUGCGUUCUACGACGCCACCGGCCUCAACAGCAGAGUCAGAGCAAGACGAAAACGACCCACGGAUACGUAUUACGUCACGGGAAGGCAUUGUGGAGAUGGAAGUUCGUCUUCCGCCUCGGACACUGUCCACUCAUACCGAGGUUGCCGAAGCCUUUGGUUCUUCUCGAGACCACGGAGCUGGCGAUCUGUCCAGUGCAGCACACUUGGCGGACAAGAAGUCGUAUCAUCGAGUGACUCAGUUGUCGUGCGAGCCUGCUCAGAUGAUUAGUGCCAUGGUACGCGCUCAGCUUGUUGGUCUGGCCAUGCUUCCCAUCCGCAUGGUGACUUUACGCACAAUUGCUUCGCACUAUCUGGCCAGCCAAGGACUGCACGCAGGCCCGCACCGUAGCGUCAGUUCACUAGACUUUGUCAAUAACUUUAGCUGGGUCGGGGUGGGCAGUUUGCUUUCGCGGAUAGCGCUCUGUGGCGCGUUGGAGAUGACGAUUGAUCUCCGUCUAUGGGAGUGGCAGUAUCUUGUGAUUACGCAGCUUGGACAGAAGGUGUUUGGGUGGGGUGUGCUGUAA